CACUCUAGUAAUAGGCAUCUGCCUGCGUAGUAUGCAUACUACAUAUAGAAUUUGUGAAGCAUAUUCACAUGGGCAACCUCUGCCUGUUGGCAGCAAAGAGUAGCAGCGGCUGAGGCAGCGGCAGCGACGGUAUGGCAGCAACAGCGCAGCACGCCCAGAGAAACGCUGAAACGCUCGACAAAUUAUUAUUUAGUAUGGUCGCCACUUUGGCCGAGUAGUUUUCUUCUUUUCUAGUGUUGUGUGUUCAGCUAUUUCGUGGUGGUUUGUUAGAAUUUGCGCAGGAAGUUCUGGCGGGUAAUUAGAUAUUUUGAAGCACUCCACGAUAUUCUGCCUUGCAGCCGAAGCGUAUGGCUAGAUCGCUGGUGAUGGCAAUGCUGUUAUUUUUGGCAAUCUGAAGAUUCAGCCCGACUCUCACCCCCACUGCUGUUUUCAAAGUGUUAGGGUAAAGGGAUGAAGGCUUGAUUAGUUCAGUAACCCGUGUCCACAUGUGCCUCAACGUAUCAACCACUGAGAUGCAGUUGUUAAAUGAAUAUCUUCCGUUCUACAUUGGAAGAGCCCCGGGCCCUUGAAAGGUGUCAAUUUGUUAUAGAUACAUAGAUACAGAUAGCGACGUACUAACAAGUAUCUAAGCACGAUAUGGAGCCGACUUGGGCUCCAUUGCUGUAUUGCAGAGUUAAAGUUGCAGAGCGUUACUCAUCAACAUCAUACACUUAUUGUUGGCGUUGUUGUUGCUAUUACUGGUGGCUGUUUGUUGAUAAGGUGUUAAGUUGAAAAUGAAAAGUUGUACGGCGGCGGUGACGGCGGUGGUGACGGCGGCUGCAAAACGAUUACACUUUUUAUCUUUGGUCUGCGCGCAUACCACUCGAAAGAUUACACAUGCUUUAAGGGGAAAUUUUUAUAAGAAGAGAUUAAACAAUGAGGUCUGCAUGCACAAGUCUAUUGAAGGAAUCGAAGUUUUAUCUAAACUGUUUAUUUAAUUUCUUUAACUUGUAAUCGUAUCUCGGUCUGAGUGUGAUUUCCAAAAUGGGUGAAACAAUGGAAUCAUGAGCGAAAUAUGAAAGAAUAGAUUAGCCAACAGUUAACAACAGUCUUCUUCGGUAAACAGAAGUAUGAAAAAAUGUUAUAUCUUGACAGUAAGAUGAAGAAAUAUUUGACCGCAAUCGAUAAGAAGGAAUGCUGUAUCGGCUUCAAACAUCUAAGGUUGGACGUGCGCGCCGUGCUACGCUGUCUCAGCUGCUGCUCCGGCUGCUCCUACCCUGUUUUUACGCUACACCAGCCUCAAAAGACUCUAGCCUCCUCUGCUUCGGCUAGAUUUCCCUCAGAUGCUCCAAGUUCUUCGUCUUCUGAACUUUGCGUAGUCCACCAGUCUUGUUUGUCACCAGUGACCGAUAUUUGGUUGCCAUAUUUUACGCGCUUACGCGAUAUUGUGCGGAAUAUGUGCAGACUGAGAAACGCGCUUCUUCAAAGAAAUUGCGGUGACGACGGGACUGAAGAAGAUUCGCGUGAAGAGUUGUGUAGGUGGGUGGUGACGGUAAUGUGGUGACCUUGUGCAUUCAAGCCUCGGAAGAAAAUAAGAAGUGAGAAUUUGAGAAUUGUGUUUAUCAUUAUUAGUGGGCAUUCCGCUGUAAGGUGUGUGCUUAGUGGUCGCUGAUCAAGUGCGAAAAAGUGAAGGUGACUCGAUAUCUGCUGCGUUUAAACGAUGAAAACAAGAUUGGUUUUUGUGUUGAAUGACUUGACGUCCUAUUCCUGUUAAAAAAUAUCUUAAGAUUCCAUUCAUUAAAACUUGGACCACCCGGUUGAGAAGCUUAAAAGUGUGCACCACCAGGUUCCGAUCUGGGGCCUUCUAUAUUUCGGUAUACCAAGAGUGCACUUCUCCCCCAAAAACACGUUCUGCAUAAGUGACCUAUUGUGCUGGUUGUGGAUCAUCAGAGACGAGCAUGCGUACUAUAUACCACACUGAGGGUACCAUAGUUUGUGGAAUACGAGUGCUAACAACUUGCGAUUAUAAUCGAAGUUAUAUCAUCGGAGACCGUGGAAUUGCAUGAAUUGAUUGCUGGCUGUGUUAAGCUAUUCCCUUACCUCUGCGUCUCACUUGGCAGCCGUUACCGAUUUCGCGGUCUCUCACACAACACCGCGCCUAACUUUGCGCCGCCUGUGCCGCUUCUAGCGGUCUAGCUGGUGCAACCGCUUGACUUCAGAAUUAACCCUGCAUAAGCCCCAACAAAGCGCAGUCAUACAGGAAAGUGCCUGUGUGUGUAAUGGAUGGACUGUGAUCCCUUGGUCUAAAUUUAAAGUAACAUCGGUUUGAUAAUUUGGUUAAACAGAUCAAAAAUUUACCGGCAAUUGUUAUAAACAAUAAAAUCAAGCAACCGCGCUCAACAUGGAGGUUCCAUCGAUGGUGCAGCGUUCCGGCAAUACUCUCAUCGUUCGGAGCGUCGUAAGCGGCAAUCCAUUGUUUGUGGAUUCAGGAAACGGGAAUCUUUUGAAAACAUCCCCGACGUCCUCUCAGAAUGCAAAUGUCGCAGAUACCAAUGCCUACAAUCGAGCAUCGCGACUAGAUUAUGAUGCCGAAGCGAGUCCGCCGAAUGUAAUCGAUGAAUUUGAUAAUCCCAUGGCAUCGUCAGAAACAAAAGACGAAGGACUGCCACAAUGUAAAAUCAAAAGGAAUUAUUCGUGCAGCACAUGUUCAUUUUUCACGCAAAAUCCACGUCUCUUCUUAACGCAUUUGAGAGAUUCCCACGGUGAGAAAAUAGUAAUUAAUGAGUGUGAACUGUGCUUGUACGCCUCUAGACAUUAUCAGAAACUGGUGCGACAUAUGAGGAUGGUGCAUGGAUCAACGGAAGGAAUCGAACAACAUUCCCAAGCGAGAAAACGCCAAUCCGGCAGGGAUCAUCGCAAAAGGAAAAAUGAGUCAGACAGCAUCCAUCCCCAAUCGACUCCAGCAUCACCACAAAUAUUAAAUGCCGUCGAGAAGUUCGAAGAGCCCAUUACGAUACCAGACGAAACUCCACAGAACCGGCUUUUGAAGUGCAGCAUCUGCGAGUUCACCACCUUGUAUAGAGCCCAGCUGGUCGACCAUGAGCAAGAUGAACAUUACAAGACCAAGUUCUUCCGUUGUGAAAAAUGCAGCUACGUGACCCAUAUCAAAGCGCGUUUCAGCAAACACGUGAAAUAUCACUCCAUGCCAAUGAUAAAAUGUGUUACUUGUGAUUUUAGAACGCCAUAUAAGUGGAACUUGGACCGGCAUAUGAAAAAUCACGGCGGUACAGGACCUUACAAAUGUGCAGCUUGCAAUUUCACUGCUGACAUCAAGCAAAGCCUGACGGUCCACGAAAUGAAUCACCACGUGCCACCCGUGGGCCAUGCAGCGGGAAUGAGUUUAGCUCGUCGAAAGAACAAAGUUGGUGCAACAGACAUUCCCGAAGAACUUCUAAGCGAGAACGGCGAUCUCUCCGAUCCUUAUAAUAACAACAACAACCUCGUCGACAGUUACGAAGAGCCGUAUGAUAAAAAAUUCAAAAUGGAAGAGGACGACCAACCCACAGAUUUAUCACAGAAAUCAUCAAUGGAAAGUCUCAAAAAACAAGCUCGCCCUAUUCCAAAUUUAAUUCCCAUUCAAGCAGCAAACAAUGCCUUAAAUCUGACCAAAACUUUCUACGAAAUGCUGCACAAAAGUUCAGUGGCGAACAGUUUUCAGUCUUUUUUAGCGGAAAACGGGGAAAUAACAGUGGAAAAGGUUGAGCCCCCACAAUUGUCGCCCUCUUCCAGUGCGUCAUCUGGAAACAGUAAGAAAAAAUCUACAUUUUUCGAGCAACUAAAGCAAAACGCAACAUUGAAUAAAAACGAGAGCUUGAUUUGUGACUGUGGUCAUAUGUCCAAGUGCCUUUCUGAGUCGAUUCUCCAUCAGAAGUCACGUUGUCGAGAGGAGCAUGACAAAGUUUCCAGUCCAAGUCCAAUAAAUCUGUCAGUAAACAGUGGGUCCACUCGAUGUCAAUUUUGUCGUCAUCGAUGCAAGUCUAGUGUUGAUUUAAUAGCUCACAUGAAGAUCUGUACCGACGCUGGGAAUCCACGUCACGAAUCUUCCGAUUCAUCUUCUGAAUCCCAUGAAAAAAAUGAUGACUUGAAUGAAGACAUUAAUGAACGAGUAUCCCCUCAUGAAGGUAAGCAUCCCAUGGAGAAUAGGGUUUUUGUUUGGAACAGUCUCCCGCAACGGAUGGAAAUGGAAAAUCCUGACGAUGGAGAAGACGAGAAGCCUUUGGAUGGGAGCAACAAAUCGACAGAUUAUCUCAGUGAAGACCAAAAGAAGGAGAACAGCGAAAAUAGCUACUACGGUGUUGAGACUGCUCCAGGCUAUGGAGAGGUAACCAAAAAGAUGACACCGGAGGAAGAAGCCGCAAACUCUUCCUUGAAGAAAGUAUACAAAUGUCCACAUUGCUCCUUUUGGGCGUCAACAGCCUCUCGUUUCCACGUCCAUAUUGUUGGUCAUUUGAAUAAAAAACCGUUUGAAUGUUCUCUAUGCAACUACCGCUCGAACUGGCGUUGGGAUAUAACAAAGCAUAUUCGACUCAAAACUAUACGGGACCCAAAUCACAAGAAUGCAAAAGUUCUCAUGAACGACGAGACAGGUCGUCGUAACUAUACAAAGUACAAUAAGUACAUUACCUUGAUGAAAGUUACCGAAGAGGAUGGUGAUCCAAAAUUAAUGAAAUCGGGUGAGAUGACACCGAACCAAGAAGCUUCGCUGUCAUUUUUGAAUGACUAUAAACGCGAAGCAGUUGGAGACUACAAUGGAGGUCAUUCGGAAGCUGGUUCUUCUAAGAAUAUGUCUCCUUUGGAUACGUCGCGAAUAAUUCCGAUGCCAUUCUUUCAUAAUUCCCUUCUUGGUUUGGCGUCUCAACAACAUGAACAAACCAAGCGUAGUCCGCCGCCGUUGCUCAAAGCAUCUGAAGAUAUAUUGGCGCAGAAUAUUGAUGUAAAGCCUGAUGGAUCUGAUAAGAGAACGCUGUAUAAAUGCAGAAAGUGUAAUUACAGGAACGCGAAUCGUGAAAGUGUACUUUCACACGUCAAACAGCAUUACCAGGAGGCCGGUAUUAAUUUUCCUGCCGCCGCUCUAUCCCCACACCUACAAGCAGCUGUAAAUUCAAAUGAGUAUAUGAAGAGUGUUUUAGCCGCAAUGUGCCUUUCACAACAGCAGCAUCAGCUAGCAUCAUUGGGUGAUCCUGCCUCAAUGCAGAAUCCUCGAUCCUUACUGGCAGCCGCUUUACCAACAACGUCUGGACCACAGGCACCACAAAUUGGUAGCCACUCCGUUGCACCAUCAUCAUCUCAUCAAAGUUUAAAUUUAUUGUCAUCAUCAAGUCAACGAUUGCAACAUCAGCAACAGCAACAGUUACCCUUAACAGUUAACCAUAGUAAUAAUAGUAGCAGUAAUGUCAACAUCCACCGCACUCUAAGCAGCAAUAAUCACAACAACAAUUCAAAUGUGGCUAUUAUACCAGCCUCAGCUAUUGCUGGAUCAUCAACCAGUGCCACAAUGAUUGGAAAUAAUUGUCCAACAUCUACCGCCAUCACCAAUAACCAGCAUGGUUCCGCUCCGAAUAAUGAGCACGGUGAGGCGGAAGAGGCAAGUUCUGGGGUAGUAACUACUACUGGUUCGGGUGUGACCGGAUGGCGAGGCCCAGCACCCUAUCGUUGUGGCCAUUGCCAUCAGGUUUCAAACUGGAAGCAUGUCAUUCAGCGUCACUGUCGUUUAAAACAUAAUGGUGAUAUCAGAAUCGAAACAAUCGAUCGAAAUAGUGAUAAAAACAUGCCAGUGUAUUACCCUUUGAAUUCACAGCCACAUCCGCAACCAUCAUCGUCGUCUUUCAAUAACAGUGGCAACAGCAGCAACAAUGCUGCCGCGGCUAUCACAGCUGCUUCACCUGGUCCAUCUGGUACGGUCAAUACCAACGUGUCCAACGGGGCUGGCCAAUCACAAAUCUCUUCUUCGGAUUUACCAAAACACAAGCUAUACGGUGGGUCUUUCGUUGGGUUACAGCCAACUACUAGCUCUGAAGUCCUUAAAGAUUCGGAACAAGAAGGACAAGCUAGUAGUGGCGGAGCGAGACCACGUCAACAACAAUGUCCGCUUUGUCCAUUCGUUUCCGAGAGUAAAUCUCAAAUGAUGUAUCACAACAGCUUACAUAAGUGUAAGGCGGAUUUCUAUCAGUGCCAAAUAUGUGACUACAUAUGUUCAAAGAAGCAGCUUCUUAAUCAACACAUGAAAAUCGCUCAUGAAGACAAGCCUGAUAUUGAAAUUGACCUUUCAACAUGCAACAAUGACACCAUCGGAAGUCAGGCUUUAUCCUUUUGUCCACGAUGUCCAGCGCGAUAUAUUGGAAGCAAAGAUUUGAAUUUGCAUCUUAAAAUGCAUAACGCAAACUAUUCACAUAGAUGUGGACUUUGUUCCUACACAGCUUUGCAAGAGCCAUCGUUACUUUCUCAUUCAACAGUUCAUUCCCAAUCGUACGAUGAAAAGACCACUAAAUUACUACAAAAAUUCACAGAGGAUAUUCAUUAUCCUCGUCCGAAACUGACUUUGAUAUCACUGAAUUCCGACGAUAAAGUAUGGGUAGUUGAAAGAAAUACAGAGCCUGACUUAAAUGAAUCAAAAAAUCCAUGUUCUGAAGAAGAUGUUGAUAUUGACCGAAAACCUUCGCUUUUGAAACAGCAGCUUGAGUUGAAUGGAAGUGACACCAGCAGUCAUGGUGUUGAUCACCCUGACGAAUAUUCAACUAAAAAAUGUCCUCAUUGUCCCUAUGAGACCAGCAGGAGUGCGGCUGACCUAAAACUACAUUUAGAAAAUCACAUAUGUGUAUCAAGCAAGAAGCAUUUUGCCACAUGCCUACAUUGCGAUUUUUCCGUUCCUGAUGAACGCACCCUCAAGGAGCAUACGGCCCUACACUUUAAAUCCAUUAAAAACAACGACGUCGCUUUCUACACGUCUUAUGAAAAUUUGGAACUUAAUCUUGUCGAGGAAAGUGAUGACGAUCACACAAAAGAAGGACCCAGGACGGGAUCGGUGGCGAAUAGUAUUAAGAAGGAGAGGCUUUUGCUCAAAACUGAUGAUGCGAAAACAAAUGGCCUACUGGAGCGCCAAAUAAAGGGUGAUCCACAAAGUGUAACAAGUUCAAAGGAUGGUGGUAGUUUACAUCGUAAUGACGACGGUGAUAAUGACGGCGACGGGAAUGGUGAGAAACAAAUUGUGGUUGCUACAACUGGUGAAUUAUUAAAAGUAAGAAAUACUAGUAGCGUGUAAAUCCAGAUGAAUUUUUCAACAAGUAUGGGAGUGCGCUUUUGCAGUAAAGUUGAGAUGAGAUCAGGCACAAAAGAUAAAAAAAUUUAUCUUGAAUUUGCAGAAGAAGUUACUCCAUUGCCCUUGCAUUAUAAGUAGAUACGUGGAUACUAACUCAUCUUUACUGUAAAAAGGCAAUUCAAUUUUUUUCUAGUAUGUAAGGACGUUACAAUUUAGUCAUCUUGAAUAGUUGUUGUUUUGUUUUUUCUUAAUAUUAGUAUUUGAUUUUUUUCUAAACGAAGUUUUUCUAUACAUUUCAUGGACACAUCAAAAUAUUAUAAUGUAUUUAAAAAUGAGAAAUAUAUAGUUCUUCAUAUUAUAAUACACUUGGAAUAGUGGGGCCAUAUUUAUAGAUCUUAACUAAUUCAAACCUAGAAUAGCUACUGAUAUAAAAAUGCACCAAAAUAUGAUAACAAUGAUUACCAUAGUUACUGGAAGUAGUCUAUAAUUUAAUAUCACCUGGAAAUGAGGUAUUUUAUUUUGGUUUUUCAGUUAUUCAUGAUGUUUUCUCUGUAUAGCCUUAAGUUAUCUUUACUAAUCUAACAUAAUUCUAAUGAAUUAAAUGAACAGAAUGGAAAUCUGAAAAAGUUAUAUUACAUAAAAAUUGUGUUACUUAAAUGCGAUGGUGGUGUAUUGAAAAUGAAUGACAAAAGGUCACUAUCGCGUGUUUAAUCGAAUAGUGAAUUUGUUAAUCUCUAGAUUGUUGUUGGUAGUUGAAUGAUGAAUGCUAAUGCGAUUUUCUUAGAAUCAAAGAAAUCCCACAGAGUCAAUAACCGAAAAAUAUUGUUGUUACUAAUUUAAUUUUAUAUAUUUUCUAGAGUUUAUACAUUAGGAAAGUGAUUUAGGUAGAUAAGUACAGGGUGAAGUAUUCUUAUCGGAAUAUGUUGUACAAUUGUGAAGGAUUCAUUUCAUGUUGGUGUUGAGCGGUGUCGAUAUUCUCUGCAGUAGUGGUAGCGCUAAACCACCCUCUGGGUAGGUUUAUUUGCGUUUAAAUCUAAAUUUUUCUAUCAGUUAUGGCAAAAGGACCAAAAACGUCGACUGGUUGCAAAUUUGAAUUAAUGCGGGUCAUAAGGGUAACUAAAUUUUAUUGUUUUCCUUCUAUGAUAAAUAGCCUCGACAUGACUGUUAGAAUUAUGUGUUAAAGAUGGAGCUUUAACACAUAAUUCUAACAAUCAUGAACUUCUUAAUUAUAUCUGAGGUCUGGAAAAUGAUAUCCACUCCAUAUGCGUAAUCAGAUUCUAACUUUGUUUAAACAACUGGUUUGUGGCUUCGUGAAUUUCAAGUGGAAGGGUUCCAGUUAUAUAAUUCGUGUGUUUGCGCAACAGCGUUUAUAAUAGUUGCUUAAAAUAUUUCGCUCGGGUUAGCAAAAUCAUAAAUCUACAAAAUUGUUGUAAUCUUGGGAACGACUAUAAAGAAUUAAGUUCUACCGUUUAAAAAUGUAAAAAUGUCUUGUCUAUACUUUGCUGGUUUAGGCAUGAGGAUAGAAUAUCAAUUGACGAUUUUGGAGUGCAAAAAAAAGAUUUAUGUGAUUUUAGCGGCGUGCAAACGUUGUUUGUACUUUUAGAAGUACUAUAAAGUCUUGUUGGGAACACACGGUCAGUCAACAACGACUCCUUAGUAGCUUGAUGUGUUGGUGUAAGCGAGUACGAAACUUCGCCUGAUCCCCAAAAGAAACACUAUUUAUUUAUUCCAACAACCUUUCAUCACUUAAAAAAUAGCUGAACAUAAUUUCUUAUUUCACUGCACUCAACAAUAAUGAAAAUAUUUAAAAUGAGCUCGUCUCAAAACAUGCGGGUGUUCUUGGCAAACGUUGGACGCAGAAUGAGAGCACUUUUUUUUCUUCUGUCAUUCUCCCCCAACUCGUGGCACACUUUCACCGUCUGCUCUACACUCCUGUGGCGAGUUCUAGAAAUGUGUGGAGAGCGCCGGUGGCGUCAUCUGACCGUUCACACUCGCAACGUUUGAAAUAAAUUUCGAAUGCCGCGAAUCCUGCCGCGCCACAUACUCAUUUCUAGCCACUAUUUAUAUACCAUAUUGCAAAGCGAAAGGAUUCCCAUUUCUAGCGGAAACACUUUGCCUACUGAUUCAUUUUCCUUCUGCUUAAAAUUGAGAGCAUUGAUACUGUGAGUUAGUACCACAAAACCAUUUUGGACUUUAAAAAUCUUUAAUCUUUAAAAAUCGGUUGUCUGCUGUUUCAUAUGCAAACAACUAGUAAGACAUUAUUUACGGACUGACCCACCCAAAUGAAUUCAUUUGAUUCCUUUGUUUUUUUUUCGUGUAACUCGUUUGCUGAACUUUUUUUUUGAAAUGACUAAAUCGAUGCUUUUUAAUAUUAUUUGAAAAUAUCUGAAUGAUCUGAGAGGAAGGUUUGGAUGCCACAAGAAUUAUUUUUUUUUUGAGGAUCAUUUGCAAAUAAUAAGGGAUGAAAGAAGGUCCCUAAAUUAGGUAUAAAAUGUUUUGAUCACUAGAUCUAAAAGGGUAUAUGAAUACUUGUUUUGCUACUAUCCCUUGGCCUUGGAUGGCUGUGAAUGGAAGUUCACUGUAACUUUUUUAUAAGGAUCGUAUUGUUUAAUUUUGUAACGUACACCUGUAAAUUUCAUGUUGUGUUCUUUCAAAGUUCUGCAACGGAAAUUGGAUCAGUUACAUCCGGGCGGGUUUCAAUUUUCUAUAGUUGAUUUCGUAAGGUAAACACUUCAAAACUGUCGUUCAUAGAAGAAGUGUACUAUAUUCAGAAGGCACCCUUAAGGGGUUUUUCGCAGUCGGCAUUCUUUUUUCAUAUUUUUUUUGUUUACUUAUUCAAUAGAAUAUAAUUUCAACAUUUCUCCAAAUUUCAAGUCGACACUCGCAGUUGUUUUUUUUCUUUUUAAUUUCUUUUAUGAAAAACACGAAAGAGCACACUUUUCAUAUUAAUUGUAUUGACAGUUUUCUAUGACAACACGUUUGUCCAGAUCCUUUUUGAGGUCGCCCGACCAUUUAUUGUUCGGUUUGUUUGAUUCUUCUUUUCUUUUUAUUCUCUGAACUUAUCUUUAAAAAAACUGCUUUAGGAUUCAACAAGAUUUCAAAUGGACGGAAACAUCUUCUGAAAAUUGAUCGUGUGUAUUUCGAAACUAUGCUCUUCAAAACUUGUUUUAAUUUUUCUCAAGCACUACUAAAUCGAUUUUCAGGUUUCUUUUCUCAAUCGUACGAUCAAGAGAAGUGGAAACUUAAUUCAUACCAGCCGAACCUCUUUACAUAUGAGAAAAAUGCUGAAGAAGAUGACUAAUCUUCUAUUUUUCUUGGGAAAUGUGCAAAUUUGUGAUUUAUCCAUUGUUGUUUGCUAAUAAUUCAUCUUCUGGUAUGAAUUUGCCUGUUUAACUGCUUUUUUUUCAAACCUAGUGACAUUACCUCUCUUUUUUCUUCUCAUUUUUUCUGCAGAAUAGUAGACCUUCGUUAUUUUGUGGGUAAAAAAUGUGUGGAUUCCUCAUAUUGUUACCGAUGCUUUCGUUAAUUUAAUUCAGUCACACCGACUGCCACCUGUCAGUUUAAAUGGCGAAUUAAUUAAAUAUCAGCUUCUCGAAACAUGGGAGUCUCAGGUUCAAGUGCUUAUACAUCCCAGGCUUACCAUUUGUAGCAUUAAUUGUAAAGCUAAUGUAGCUCGAAUCAGGGUCUCAUCAGCAAAGAGGGAUAGGGAUAAAAGUAAAGGUGAAAAAAUAUGGCUGUAAUUCCAUAUCUUCAAACGUUCAUUUUUGAUCUUUGGUGAUCAUUAUGUUCUAAUAAUUAUGUAAAAUCUUCGUAUAAAGGGUCUCUUAUAAAUUUUUGCCAAGUGUAUGAUAUGAUUCUCUUGCAUUGUAACAUGCUUCAGUUGGAUGAUUCCAUCAGCCAAAUUUUCUAGAAUGAGGUUUGUUUUAUCUCAGUUUUGCUUAUAAGGCUUCCGGUUACUGAAUUAGUGUUGGACUUGCAAGUCGUGGAAACAGAUUUAUCUGAUCAAUUUUCUCGCUCACAUUACUCCUCCCUUACAUGCAGCUUAUGGAAUAUAUUUUAUAUUGGCUUCACUCUGCUCAAAUUUUCGUGUGGUUACUUCAUAUUUCUUUAAAAAAACAGAGAAGGCGGCUAACGCUGCGUUAACUAUUGACACUCUUUCGAUCCUGUGUAGAAUUUGCGCAAUCAGCAUCGGAAAAUUUCGUUAAGUUUUGCUCCGAAGGUCGAUUUCUGUUUUGUUUCAUUCAAAUAACCUUAGAAGACUACAUACAGGAGGAGCAAAUCCUGUUUCUAAACGGCCGCAUAUACGCGGAUUAGUUACGGGGAAGUCAAUUGACGCGUGUGUCGAUGAUGCCUACAGGAUGCAUGCAUUGCAUACAUGAUUCCAAGUGGGCGGAUUUUUUCACGCGCAUGUGAUUGACGAACGUCGGGCAUGUGCAGUGCUUUUCUUCCACCACACAAAUACGCCGGCAGACGAAUCUCCUUCUUCCUUUUGUUUAAAUAAAGCUGUCCAUUUAAAUAGUAUUUCUCCACUUUCAUAGCUACAAGCACUCGAGGGGUUUUAUUUUGUUCUAGUUAAUACCUUUCUCUUAGCUACAUCUUUUGGCUAGCAAACCUGUGAAACACCUUUCAGUUUCUCUAGUCAUUGCGCCCAUAGACACUGCGGAGGUUUUAAGCUGAGUAAUAACUCUAUCAACUCCCAAAAAUAAUCUUCCAUUCAGGGAUUGCAUCUUUUAGUUAUGGCCUUCAACCAUUGAACAUUCCUAUCAUUCCACACGUUUGGCCAUAAUUUCUCAUCAGGGAAGGGAACUCCACCCCAAUUGACCAUAAUCAUCGUUAAAGAUGAAGUAUCCUAGUGUCGUAACUAAUCGACGUCGUUUUUUUUAACGUCUUUUCUGUUCAGUUGAGGCUAGACUAUCAAAUCUCACUCAAGAGAUAAAACGGAUCCAGCAUGGUCUUGCUUUUACCAGCUCCAUCAUGUUACAUAGUUCCCCAACAGAAAAAAAUGAAAUGAAUCCAAACGCUCAAGGAGCUUUCAAUGAUCACGAAACCAGGCAGAUCUUAUUUACUAACGAUCGCUAACUGAGCGAAAAUAGGCCUUCGGUAAUACACACCAAUUAUAUACACGUCUCCUGGGCAUUUUUUGGUGGAGUAUAGAGAAUUCAAUGCUCCCUUACCUUCUAUAGCAUUUUUCUUCUAUUUGAUUUUCAAUGAGACUGAGUUUCGGUUUUAAUAUCAUUACCCUUAAUAGGCAAGUGAAAGCCCACAACACCAGGACAGGACAAAAGCAAUCACAAACAUCCAUGACGAAAAAGAUUCAAAUCCGGCCGAACGGGAAGGAGAGGCUGACGUAUAUCCUUUAAGAUUUCGUUUGAUUUGAUAAAUCUUUCGACCCGUAAUUUACUAGUUCGUCGACCCAAACUUCAGCAACAACAUCUGUGAAUUCUUCCAUGCUCAUACAAUUAUACAGGAGAAUGUUACUAAGCAAUUCAGGACAACAGCAUUGCUUCUGAUUGUUUCUUCAUCAUCUGUUUUUGUUAAUUUUCCUAGCGUAGUAAUAGUGUAAAACCAUUUUGUUAUAACCUGCACCUACUAAUAAGGAUAUGAAGUUCUGAUAAGUAAUGGUAAUAUAUCUGAUUUUCCCUAUUUAUAGUCAACACACAAGUAAUUUAGUUUGUUAUAUAUAAAAGUUGUAUCUACAUUUAUUUCAUCUAUUUCCGAAUGUGUACAUGCAGUUAAUCUAAUCAAUUAACGACCUUGUAGCCAUAUCUUAGUCAAUUUUUAUGAAUAAUCUACAAAUAAUAAGUUUACACACAGUUCACUAAUAACACAAGUUGAAAUAAGAAAGUGCAAGAGGAACAUGUAGUUUAUAUGAUUAGAUAUUCUAUGUCAAGUUCGAAAUGGGCGGGCAGUUAGGUUGGAUACUUAUACACAUAGACGAAUAGAGAAAAUAUACAAGGACAGCAGGGAGAAAUCUUAGAAUCUAGAAAAAAUAGCGAAAAAAAAUGUUUGGGUUUGGAUCGGAUGUUAAAGGUUUCUGGUUAAUGAAAAGGGGUAGCAGACAAGACAUGGAAUAGAGUUGAAAAUAUAUUAUCCUUUAUAGUUUCGCGAAAUUUGGAAAAAUGCCGUUUGAAUGGGCGCCUUAAAGGGAUAAUUUAUUACAAAAGCUACAUUUAGUUUCGCUCUACGAAAUAUAAAUUACAAUUUCGAGAAAAAUGAUAUCACACUAUCGGUAUUUAAGGGUACCUUAUAAGUUCUCAGUUUAAGUGAAUUACAAAAAGGGUUAAGAUUACAAAUUAUAAAUUAAACCAUUGAAUAGUGCAAAUUUCUCAAAACAUCUUGGAAUUCCUUCUUUAUUUCAUCAUAGUGUAUGACCACAAAUAUUUUGGAAGAAAAUUCAAUAAUAUGAAUAAGUGUGAUUAAUAAGGGUAACAAAUUAUAAGGAAAUUAUAUAAAUCAUUCAGACAUAUAUUUAUCAAUUUCAAAUUAAUGAUAAAGAAAAUUAGAACAUAGUUUGAACUUUAUAUUUAUGUGAAGAUGUGGAACAUGAAUUCUAGAAGAUAUAUCUAAAAUAAAAUAAAUUUUAUCGAAAUUGGAUACCAGUUUAUAUUAGAGGAAAGAAGAUACAUAUAAAACGGAUGGAAAAUAUUUUACCAAAGCAUAAAAUGCCAAAUAUUUGUAAAUUUUAUUAUUAUACAACAAAAUGAAAUGAAAUAUAUUGAAAUAUUGAAUGUGAAUAAAUGACGGAUGACAGCAAUAAAGAAAACAUCUUUUCGAAUUUCAAAA